GCGGCGACAUGGACGAAUCGUGGCGGGUCUCCAUCGGAUCCAUUCUACCCCGCCGGCGCUCCACCGAGGAGGCGAGGGGGCGGCGGGGCCGCUGGGGUGAUUCCGGAGCCGGCGAUGGCGCCCCCCUGGGCCCCGACGACUUCCGCGACGUCUUCGGUGGUCCGCCGCGGACCGUCCUGCUCCGCCGCUUCUCGGGCGAGCUCCAUGCGCCGGCCGAUCCCCGGCCGGUUUCCUUCUACGACGAGCUCUUCCGUCCGGCGGAGCGGCCGCGAGGGAUCCCGCGGGCGGCGGCCGGGCGGGGCGUGCCGGCGUUCGGGGCGCUGCCGUGGGCAGGGCUGGUGAGGACGGAGGAGGGGUUCUACGACGACAUAUUUGGGUCGGAGGGAGGCGGCCGAGGUCGGAAGUCGAGGUCCAAGUCGUCAUCUUCGGUCCUGAGCUCUGAGGACAUGAGCCCUCCCAUCCGGAUGGCGCCGUCGAUGGCGGAGGACGCCGUGCUCUCUUCCUUCGCUUCUAAGCUCAGGCCAAUCACGAUCCCAUCCAGGCGGUAUGUUUCUUCCCCGUCGACAAAUUCCAGAGAGGAAUGGAACAGCCACAGGACUCCUGGCAUGGAUCCAUACCUGGAUUCUAGAGAUCCAUACCUGGAUUCUAGAGACUGUAAGAAGAGAGACCACAGCUCAAGCGAGCUACUUCGACAGAGGUCUCAUAUCAGCUUCUCCUGCUGCUUCUCGCCACCGGAGACCAUCAGCCUCGAAGCCAGCUUCCGUCGCAGCCAAGAUGAGCCUACGGGGUGCGACAAUUCAGAUGCAGAUUCCCCCUCCUCUGUGAUAUCUUCUGUCUUCCUCGACCCGGUGUUAUCCAAAGCAGACAGAGGAGUGGAAGGGCAUAGAGAAGCAGCAGAGAGCUCGUAUGUGAUAGAGAUCAAUGGGCAUGGCAUGGGAGGGAAAGAGGGAGCUGCCGCCAUAGACGAAGCCAUCGCAUGGGCCAAGAAGAAGUUCUGGGACCAUCAGAUGUCCAAAGGACUUGAUGAACCACUUCAGCCCGAGGAUGAAAUCAAGGGCAAAGAAAAUCCAGUUGGCAUCUGCUGAGGAGGCUUGGGGGCUUAUGAGGUUCCUUAGAACAAAGAAUAAGGGAAAAAGAAGAAGAAGAAGUGUAUGUCUCUCUUGGAUUUACUAGUAAAAGCUUUCAUGGCACGUCUGUUAUAGGAUUGUAUAUAAAUGGCUCGUGUGAGUGCUUUACAAAUCCAAACUCAACCUGUGAUCUGAUUGUAUUUCCCAUGUCUAUUGAUUUCCUUCGCCUUGAUGAAAGGUUUGCUUCAUAAACUUGUUAGGGUCUUGCAUGAAUUCAAGUGUUGUGCCAGCACGAAGAGCUGAGCCAAUAUACAUAGUAUUUUUUCUGCA